AUGUCAGCGGCUGCCCUCCCUCCGCUGCUCCCGACCCCGCCGAGGAGCAAGAUGCUGCCGCUGCUCCCGACACCGUGCCUCAUCAUCCUCCCGGCCUCCUUCGCCACGGAGGCCUCCAAGGCGCCCAAGCCCAGCCGCGCCGACGCCGUCGAUAGGUGGGACGCGCACAAGAAACUCUCCGGUUCGGCAACGCCAACGCCGCGCGCGCCGUCAAGGUCCAUCAACUUGAGCCCCAACCGCGCCGCCUCCUGCGGAAGCAAAGAACUCGGGAGUUCAGCGCCGUCAUCGUCGUCGACAUGCAGCGGCGGGAAGCCCGGCCGCGCUGACACCUGCGAACGCUGGGACACCAACAAGGCCAACCAGAGCAACCGCCCGCCGGCGUCGAGCGAGCGCUGGGACAUCAACAAGAUCAAGAACCCGAGCAGCCGCACGCCGUCGCUGAGCAGCGAGCGCCUGGACAGCAGCACCAACAAGCGACCGACGGCGAGCCGCGGUUCCUCCUCGCCCGAGCGCUGGGACAUCAACAAGAAGCAUCGGUCGCAGGACAACGCCGCCACCGCUCUCGGCCCGGCGAGCGAUGGGCCACAGUUGACGACGGUGAAGCCGCACCCGCAGUUCGCUGGGGCGACCUUCUCAACCUCGCCGGCGCCAUCCAUGCUUCCCAUGCCCACCUUCUUGCUGGCUCGCUAGCUUCUACUUCUACCUGGAUUUUCAGAUCACGUACCACAGUUAAUUUGCGAU